GAUUGGCCACCGCCCACCGGUGGCAUUCACAAAUUCUUAGUCCAAUACAUAAAAAAGGGCUAAGGGCUAUAAGUUAUCCCCUCUCGCUCCCUCUAAAGUCUAAACUCUAAACUCACCAUUACAAUUUACAAUCCCAUCUCUCUCUACCUCUCCGGGUGUUUAGGAUGAAGAUGAUUUGGAAGGUUCUAAUAGGCAUUCUUGCAACAGCAGCAAUCCUGCUUAUCCUUUAGCAAUCGUCAUGGCAGUACUUGGCCCAGCAAAGCUCAAAUACCGAGUGGUUAAUGCAUCGCUAAUUGAAUUCAAUCUCACCACCGAUAAUAUUGUUCGCUACAAUCUGGCUCUCAACAUGGCUUUCAGAAACCCAGACAAGAAACACAGUGUUUAUUACGAGAGGAUCUCCGUUGAUGCUUACUACCGUGGAAAAAAGCUCGGUGGAGUGAGCAUGGAUCCUUUCUACCAGGGCAAGAAGAACACUUCCAUGCUCAAUCCAGUCUUUCAGGGCCAAUCAUGGGCGCUGCGUGAUAGCUCCAAACUUGAGGAUUUCAGGCGGGAGAAGAGCGCAGGCGUGUUUGAAUUGCAGCUUAAGUUCCCACUUAAGAUUAUGCGCAAAUUGGGAUCGUUGAAGUUCGGGCCAAUUACUCCAGAGGUCAUUUGCAAAUUAAGGCUUCCUCUGGCUUCUAAUCGCAGCUUCGCCGGAGCGUUCGAAACUACAACAUGUAAAGAAAUGAAUGACGAUAUUUAUUGAUGGUUUUUGCUACAAGGAAAGGAAUAAUUUAUAUACACUUGUCAUGUAAUUCUUUCAAGGGUAAAAGACUUAAACAUAUAACCUCGUUUUUUCAAGAGGAC